AGGAGGAAGUAUUGGACUUUGGUGCAGUAAGCGACGUCAACACCACCAGUAGUAACAACAACCCGUCGACACACCUAUACCGGUGUCUUACACUUGGAUAUAUCGGCCACCAAUAUUUGUUUAGAUUUUUCCAGAGACCACCUUAUCUGGAUGAUCCUUCCCUAAGAGCCAUUGCGUAUGAUAUGGAAUUGAUUAUGAACACUGCGAGGACUCCCAUCAACCUCAUAAGAGCUUCACCACAUCAAACAUACUCGUGUAUAAGAAAACUGUGUACAACAACCAGAGAUCCAAACAGGACUCAAAGACCGAAGUUGAAUUAUGAGUAUCUCUACAACCCAAGCAAUACAAAGUACAUUGAGCGACUCAUUCAGCACCGGAAAAAUGUUGGCGACAUACACAAGGUGCUGCAGCUGAGACAGAAGUUGGAAUCAGUGAGUGAGAGUUCGCACGAGUACCAGUUGGUACAGGAAGAACUAGAAAAGGAGGCUCUCAAUAUCCCUAACGAUGCCAGUCCUCACCUAUGGGCGUACGGAGAGGAACCAAAGGUCCUGGAGUAUGUCAAUCCUAAACCACAGUUCUCCUUUACCCCACUGGAGCUCGGGCAGCUUGGCCAGCGGUUGGACAUCUUGAGGACAGAGAAUCUGGGUAAUGUGACUGGGACUCGCAGCUACUUCUUCAAGGGGGCACUGGCACAGCUGGAGCACGCCCUCAUCAAGUAUUCAGUGUCACACCUGCUGAAGAAAGGCUUCACCCUCAUGUCUGUGCCUGACCUGCUCUACUCGGAGAUCAUCGAGGACUGUGGCAUGAAUACACAGGGAGAACACUCACAGGUUUACCAUAUAGUGGGACCAAGUGAAGGUGUGUGUUUAGCUGGCACAGCAGAGAUGGCCCUUGGUGGAUACCUGAGAGGGAGGCAGCUGGAGAGCCACAAGUUACCCCUGAAGUUGGCAGCUGUCUCUCGCUGCUACCGGGCUGAAAGCUCAGCUCAGGCAGAGGAGAGAGGUAUCUACAGGGUUCAUGCAUUUACCAAAGUAGAGAUGUUUGGUGCAACAGCAGCAGAUACAGGACAAGAGAGCCAUGACCUCUACUCUGAAAUGGUGCUCCUACAGAAGGAACUUUUCUCAAGGCUGGGAAUCCAUUUCCAGGUGUUGGAUAUGCCUCUACAUGAUCUUGGUGCCCCAGCCUACACAAAGACAGACAUAGAGGCAUGGAUGCCAGGCAGGGGGAUGUAUGGUGAGAUCUCCUCUGCCUCCAACUGCACUGAUUACCAGUCUGCUCGCCUCAACAUCACCUACAGGGAUGCAAACGGCAGGGAAAGGCUGGUGCACACUGUUAAUGGAACUGCCUGUGCAGUUCCUCGUCUGGCCAUUGCACUCUGCGAGACUUUCCAAGACAGCAAUGGAAACAUUUCACUGCCACCAUCUCUCCACCCUUACUUGCCUGGGCCCUCCAAGAUUUGUCUGCCCAGCACCCCGUGCCGCACCACCUGGCUCAGACAAAAAGCCUUCCAGGGGACCAUAGUGCCUCCACAAGGAACAUAAGGUUGCAAAAUGCAGUAGCUUGCGUGAAUAUAAAUUUAAUUGAAAAAUCUGUCAAUUUUUUCUCUCUUCAGAAGGAAUAUAAUUAAGUAAAAUGUUGUUGCUCUCAAGAAUAAUAACUUGAUAUAGAUUA